GUCCCCUCCACAACAAGCUAACUAGCUAUGACUCUCCGCGGAUGACUCUUUUUCUUGCCCGGGGAGGUGGAGCCCACGGACCAUGGCAUAUGCGUAAGGGAUUCCAGUUCUACCCGGGGGGCAAGCUUCAUCGAUCAAUCCAUGGCCGCCAUCCUCCCCCUACACGUCGUUACCCUACGGUGUGUUCUUGCGGUCAGGCUCAUAGGUACAUACGCAUGUCAACCAAAGGGCGUGCCAGUGCCACGGUGCGUCGUCGGGCUCCUCGGCGAAAAAAAACAGAAAAAUAGUUGGUUCCCGUUGGCGUGUGUGAGCCGCAGCUUGCCGAGCCGUAGUUAUCCGUCUGCCUCGAGGGUUUGGGUCGACGACAACAACAGAUGAAGAUGACGAACGGGAGAUGCAUGUCACCACAAACCACGCGCCCACUCAAAUGCAAUCCUGCAAAUAAAAAAAACAAUAAUGCUUUCGCAAACUACCGACAAUUCUAUCAACUAAAGGCAAGACAGGUAAGACGGGUAAGUAGGUAAAUAGGUAGUGUGUAGUCCCCAUGUCCGGCCAUCUAUACCGUCACGCCCCCUCGCGGAACAGCAGCAACAACACCGGGCAACGACCUUGAAGAGACGAAGCGGAAGCAGCUCGUCCCGUCCCGUCCCGUCUGGCGCUUAUUGCAAGCACAUACGCAAGCACGCACACACGCACACACACAGACACCACAAGCCCAUCAAGAGACCAA